UACUAUUCUGAGUAUUCUCCGUAAAAACGGAAGUAUGUAUAAAAAUGAUGGAGUGGAUGAACCGCUUUAUCGAAUAUAAGUCUUGUUGGCUCAUAAGCGACUCUUUCUAUUUCCAAUAAUACAAAUGAAACAUAGGUACACCUCGUGGUAGCGAAGUGUUUACCAUUGUUCAAGAAAAAUAUAAAGAUCUUUGAAUAUUGACCUCUUGUCUCGAAGGAAGCAUAACCGUGAAAUGGCAGCAACAACAACACUAAAUUCGCGUAUUAUAACAUAUUACAUAUUCUUGUGUUAUUUACUGGUCUAUCAUGUACAUUCAGGUGAAAUAAAGAGAUUAGAGAAAGAGAUGUUAGAGACUCGAACACGUACUAAACGCGGCAUGUUUGUAAAUGGAAACUGUACCACACGUGUCGUCAUCGACUACAAAAAUGGAUUUUCGCGUCUCGAGCUAAAUGACAUGAAUGUCAUUCUCAUAAAAAACGAAGGAAAAUACUCUGUUAAAGUUGACUGGAAAACUCCAAGUGUCAACAACAAUCUUCCUGAUGGUUAUUGGUUUAUUUGGAAAGAAUUUCACGACAGGUUUCCAACCUGCAAUUUUCUUCAACCCAAGACUACCUCAUUCUUAAUACAUGAAAAUAAAUGGAAGAAAGGCGAUUGGAUAGAAAUUGUGAUAUAUCCACUACCAAGCAAGCAGAAUCUGACAAAACGUUUUGUGUUUAAUACGCCCAUUAUGCCUAAAUUUGCAACGAUGCCUACAUAUUCUACAAAUAUCAUGACGAAAUUGUCAACGUCAUAUGGUACUGUACGAACUGAAGACCCGAGACAGCCUUACAAACCAAAGAAAAACCUUACAAACGUUCAGCCUGUCAAAAGAAAAAAGAUAACAGAAAAGGCGAUUUUCAUCAUCGCCAUAAUAACUACCGUCAGUGUAGUGGUCGUAGCUGUUAUUGUGUAUAUUUUGAUGAGAGGUUGCCGCGUGCCUAAGAAGUAUGGUAAUCUAGACAGCCCAAGAUCACCAGGUUACAUAUAUAUUUCAUACAUUGCGGAAACGGAAAAUCACACGGAAAAAGUCGCGGAAUUUUGUUCAUGGCUGCGCAAACAUGGCUACGAUGUUCAAACGGAUAUCAUGCUAACUUCGAAGAACCAACAAGAUUUAAAGGAACUUGGACCGUGGAGAUGGGCAGAAAGGCAACUAUGUAGAGCAAAAGGAGUAUUUAUCGUUAUUUCACCGUCUUAUCUGAAGCUUUGUGGUCUAGAUGAAGGAAAGACAGACGCGACAACGUUAACCCAGGAGGAAAAAUUAACUUACAGUGAAAUAACGCAAAUCCGAAACGAACUUUCGUUAAAAGCGUAUAUCAGCUCCAGGUUUAUUCCCGUUCUGUUUGGCGUAGAAGAAACAGAGCUGCCAUUUUGGAUUAAACAAAUGGUCGUUUACCAUUGGCCAGAAGAUAAAGUGAAUGAUAAACUACUUCAUCGUGUAAAAGAGGAAAUUACAGAAGGAGAUGGAUUUGUUUGGAACCAUGGGAAAGAAGCUUUUCUGAAAACUUAAAAAACUUGCUUAUUUUUUAUGAUGUCAAAUGACAAUCACUAAAGAUUUUACGAUUAAUAUACCUUUAGAAAUCUUGUAAUAUACCUUGAAAAUCUUGCGUAACUUUACUCAUAUUGACUAAAUUAAGUACAUGUACGUUCUUCAAUAUAAUUUUUUAUAAGUAAAAAAUUAAAAAUCUUUUUCGCUUAA